AACAUUGCAAAAAGCUAUGACAAACUUGCAGGAAGUAGUUUACAAGUCAAGACGUUACUACAGAGAAGUUACAGCUACGAAUCAUUCAGACAAGUAUCAAUUGAGCAUUCUUUUUUAUAGAUAUACAGUGGUGGACAAAGGGCGAAUACAGACUUGUAAGUCUAUAUCCUUGCAUCAGAGAUGAGGGAACUAACUCAGCUCCAGCAAAGCUUGGACAGCAACCAGCAGACUUCAUCUACAAGGGAACUCUUCUCCAACUAUGCCGCACCGGACUUGGAGAACAGACUGUUGACCCAGGCGUCCUCUGUGCUGCCCCAGACCCUCUCUGCAUCCUCCUCCUCCUGGGCAUGUUCUCCUUCUUCUUCCUGCCCCUCUCUCCUUCCCUCCAAGCUGUCUUCCACCACAUCCUCCCUACUCGCCACCUUCACAUCAUCUGCCUCCCUCACCUCCCCCCUCCUCAGCACUCAAAACAACCUCCUGAGGAGGGACCCACUCAUUUACCCCCCGCUCUCCUUCUCCCGCCCCUGUUCUCCUCCCCUCCAUGGCUCUUUGCCUUCUGCAUCCUCUGCACCCUAUACUGGUGCCCAUCUCCAAAGAAGUCUUUACCUCCCUUCAACCUCCUGUCCUGUUCAGGAGGGCCAAGACUGUAGAGAUGGAGGAGAAAUAAGUUGCUCCUCUGAGGAUGUGCAGUCCCGUUGUGAAGACAUGAGUGUGUGUUCUGACCUGGACAGUAAGGUGUCCAGAGAGACGCCUGUCCUAGACAUGGAGUUGCGUCUUGAGGACCCUGAGCAUCCUGUGAUUAUCAGCCAAGAGGAUUUUGGAGAAAUGGAAAGUGGAAAAGAGGACCUUGAGGAUGUGCUGAAAGACAAGAAGUACCUGCUUCUGAAUGAGGUAUGCUGUUCUUUGGUGAAUGAAUCCCCUGCUCCUGGUGAGGAAGACUGGAAUACAGAAGGCGUGUGGACAAGGAUAAAGAACCUCGGUGAAGAAAUCUCUAACAACGAUCCACAGUUUCUUCUCAAGGUGGCCGUGUACACUAGACAAGAGUUGAACAUCCGUAUCACAGCCAACUUCCUGUUGGCUCUUGCUGCCAGUCUGCCUGUCACCAAGCCACAUGUACGCAGGUACUUCUGCGCAGCUGUGCAGCUGCCCUCUGAUUGGCUGGAGGUGGCCAGGCUGUAUAGUACGUGCUUCAGUCACUCUCUACCCAGCUGCCUGAAGAAGGCCAUGGCAGAUAAGUUCAAGCAGUUUAACGAGUAUCAGCUGGCCAAAUACAACACGCGCAAGCAUCGUUGCAAACACAACAGGAACAAACCCAAAGCCAAGAAACCAACCCCUGGUCAGCUGAUAACGUGGGCAAAAAAGCUCCUGAUGGAUGUCCCUACUCUGCAGAAACAUUUAUCGAAGAGAGUGGUGGUCAAUAAGAAGCAGAGCGAGUUCAAUCUGAAGACAUUUAUCAAGAGACUCCACAUCAAGGAGCCAGCCCAGCACGUCAUGGCUAUACUGGGAAAGAGGUACCCAGGUGACAUGAAGGCGUUCACCCACAGUGGGCUCACUGGAACUUGGGAGAGGGAGAGAGCAGGGCAGCGCAUGAAGCUGGCCCGGUCAGACACAUGGGAGCGCAAACUCAGCCAAGAGGGAAACAAAGCCCUUACCUGGGAGAAACUUAUAGACAACAGGUCUCUCCCCUUCAUGGCCAUGCUGAGGAACCUGAGAAACAUGAUAUCCCAGGGCAUUAGUGAGAAGCACCAUCAGAAGAUCCUUGCUAGACUGACCAAUAAAAAAGCAGUCAUUCAGAGCAAGCAAUUUCCCUUCCGCUUCCUCUCUGCUUGGAAGGUCGUAAGAAGCAUGGACAGUCCAUCAAAGAAAGUGGUCCCCAGUUCUACAAAGAUAUUGACGAGCGUUCUGAAGGGACAUCUGGGCAGCAAAGAUUUUAGAAAAUUGCAGCGUGGUGGGAGGAAGAAACUACGGGCAGCUCUGGGGGUUCCAUUCAUCUACCGCAUGUACAAGAUGAAGAUGAGUGCGCUUCAGAAACCCAGUCAAAACAUUGGUGAUCUACUGAAACGGUACCAGCAAGCCCUGGAGACGGCGGUGCAGAUCUCCUGCCGGCACAAUGUGCCUCCUCUCCCCGGGCGCACCCUGAUCUUGGUGUCUAGUAGUUUAGCAGCUUACGAGCCCUGGAAAAAGGCCCUUGACAUCGGCUGUCCCAUAGAACCAGACCAGAAAUCCGGGGAGGAGGGGGAGGAGGAGGAAUGCACGACAGAUGUGAAGACCCUCACACCAAAUCUCCAGGAGGUGGCAGUGUUACUCUCACUGAUGAUUGCCUCCAGCGCUGAGGACCCCCAGCUAGUGCUGUUCUCUUGGAACUCUUUCACAGAUUUGAAGCUGGAGUCUGACGUGCUACUGGACAACUGGAGACAGGUGAUGAAGAAUGUGAAGGAAUUCAACGAUGACACAAGUGAAAAGAGGAGCCAGUUAAUCUCUCACAUGUCGACAUCAGAAAACAAGGUCAACAAUAUAAUCGUGGUGACUGAUUAUAAUGUUUCCAAUGAGGUGAAUUUGGCCAUAAACCAUUUGAGGAAAGAAGCGAACAACGACGUUCUCUGUGUUAAGAUAAACCUGGAGAAAAGAGAACAAGACUCCACCUCAGACAGGAACUAUGUGGAGCUCUGUGGGUUUAGCGAACAGAUCCUCAAGUUUGUGGCUGAACGAGGCUCUUCCAGGCUGCUGGACCAUGUGGAACUUAUUGACAAACUGCACAACAUCCCCUCUCACCCUGCUGCUAAAACCCCAGACACAGCAGCUGCCCUCACACCACUGACAGCAACCCCAAAGAUGAGGUGGCGUGGUGUGCGUGUGUUCAUCUCCUCCACCUUCAGAGACAUGCAUGCGGAGCGGGACGUCCUGGUGCGCUGCGUGUUCCCCGAGCUCCGGCGCCGCGCUGCGCAGCACUGCCUCUACCUGCAGGAGGUGGAACUGCGCUGGGGCGUGACCGAGGAGGAGUCCAGCCGCGCCGUGGAGCUGUGCCUCUCGGAAGUGUGCCGCAGCCAGAUGCUGGUGGCGAUCCUGGGGGAGCGCUAUGGCCUGGUGCCUCCUCGCCCCGCCCUGCCAGACCUCCCGCAGUACAGCUGGCUGGAUGCUGCCCCACCAGGCCUGUCGAUCACUGAGAUGGAGAUUCGGCAGUUCCAAGCUUUAUUCCCAGACUCUGCCCACAAUCGCAUGUUCGGCUACUUUAGGGUGCCCAAUUUGUCCAGGACUGUGCCAGUGGCAUGGAAGUCAGACUUUGCUUCGGAGUCUCAGGAGGCAGAAUCCAAAUUGUCCGACUUGAAAAGAAGAAUCCUGAAUAGUGAUGUGAAAGUCACCGAAGAUUAUCCCUGUGAGUGGGGAGGGAUUGUGGAUGGGAAGCCCUGUGUGAAAGGACUGGAGCGCUUUGGGAAGGCAGUGCUGGAGGACCUGUGGGGGGCGGUGUUGAAGCAGUUUGUUGAGGAGCCAGAAGAGUCUGAUCCAAGCUCUGACAUCUCCAGUCAGGAGCGGCACCAGGGCGCCCUUCAGAGGCUGUUCUACGGCAGGGCUAAGCUGCUGAAGGAGGCUGUGGGGAUUGUGAAGGAGGCCCAGCUGAAGGGAGGCCUGCUGCUGCUGGAGGGAGCUCCUGGAGAGGGCAAAAGCGUUUUUAUGGCCGCUCUGGCAAAUGCCCUCCAAACUCCAGAAACGUCUCAGGAAACUAGUACAUGUGGUGUCAUAUCCUACUUCACCGAUGUUAGCCAAUCAGCAUGCGCUGUGGUGAGCCUUCUGCGUUGUCUCGUCCAAUGUUUGAGAAGAAGAAAGGAAGACACUUCAACUUUAGAAGAGAGGAUGGCAGCGUUCCACUCCAUGCAGAGGGACACCAAAAAUGAGAAGGAAUCUCCUCUCCCUUCAACUUUCAAAGAUCUGAUGGCAGAGUUCCACUCCCUGCUGAGUGACACCAAAAAGAACCAACCACUGGCCUUGCUGGUGGAUGGAGCAGAUCUGAUCCACGAUGGACAGGGUCAUCGAACAUCUUCUUGGAUACCACAGCAGCUCCCUCGGGGUGUGUCUUUGGUGGUUAGCUUCACGUCCAAUUCGCCGAUGCUGCUAAACCUGGCAAAGAAGAAAGGGUCUGUUCUGUUUCCUUUGGGGACGCUGUCUUUACCAGACAGAAAAGAGAUAGUUCGGAAGGAACUGGAAGUCCACGGGAAGAAGCUUAGUGAUUCUGCCUUCAACAACCAGCUCCAGAUACUUCUGAGGAAGAAGGGAGCAGUAAGUCCGCUCUACCUUCAUCUGGCCUGCGAGGAGCUGAGGAGUUUUGCUUCAUUCGAAAAGAUGAAGGAGAACCUCCAGUCCCUCCCCCCGUCUCUGUGUCAGCUGGUACAACACAGCCUGGCCAGACUACAGUCUCAGUAUUCUCAGUAUGGAGAAGCACUGCACUGGGCACUGGCAGCCUUAACAGUUAGCAGCACUGGCCUGAGGGAGAGGGACCUAUAUGCCAUACUGAGCAUGUGCAAUGAGCUUCCUCCUGGAGAGGGGCUGUCACAAUGGCAAAACAUGCUUCACCUGGCCAGGAACCCUCGAGGACGCAUCCCCAUGGCAACCUUCUCCCACAUGGUGCGGAGUCUGGAGAGCCUGAUUGGUUCUUCUUACUGCCAUGGUGAGGAUGAUAUUCUGACUUUAACAAAUCCGGAGGUGAGAAUGGCUUUUGAGCAGCUACUUCUCCACAGUGAUGCUUCUAGAACACAAGCUCAUUCCAUUUUGGCAGCACACCUUUGGGCACUGGCAGAUCCUCAGGCAGAAGACACUUUUCUGCAGUGUGAAGCCAGCUCCAUCAUGCAACUGCCUCACCACCUGAUGAGGAGUGGCCAGAGGGCGACGCUGUGUUCCCUGCUCUCCAGUUACUACUUCCUGUUUGCUAAUGUGCGGCAUGGCCUCCUGCACCACCUCCUAGAGGUCUACACUUCAGCGGAAGCGUCCCUGUCAGAGGUGGACGCAAGCAGUUUGGAGGACUGUCACAGUUUCCUCAAGACCCAUGCAGCCCUCCUGUCCUCUUGGCCCGCCCUGUUUGUCCAGCAGGCUCUCAACGAGCCCCACGACGCCCCCGCCCACACCUGGGCGCAAGGCCUGCUGGGAACAGGCGUGAGGUCGCAUGCAGUGAGGUGGCACAACAACACAAAGCACCCUCAAAAGCAGACCAGUGAGCUGGUGUCUACGUUCUGCUUGGAGCCCACCUGUGUGGAGAUGAGUCCGGAGGGUGAGGUGAUGGCAGUGGGCACUGGGCAGGGCACUCUGCACUUCCUCCACACCCACACGGGACAGGAAGUGAGGUCACUAAUUAGCAGCUGUGAUGGCAUAUCUGGAUGCAUCUUCCUGAAGAAGGGGCUUCUUGGAACGACCUCCUUUGACGGACGUAUAGAGAUAUGGGACAUUGACAAUGGCUGCAGGAUAUCUCUCAUUGAUGGACACUCAAACAGAAUCACCGGAAGUGACAUCAGUGCCAACAGAAACCACCUAGCUACAGUUUCCCUCGACUUCACCCUCAAAGUGUGGUCAUCGUCAGACUACCAUCUGGUGUCAACCUUCACAAACCCCAGUCCUUUGAACUGUGUGACCUUUGACCCAGAGGGUCAGAUUUUGGCCGUCGGGUGCUGGGACGGCGCUGUGCGUGUGUGGAACUGGCUCCAGGAGAAACUGGUCAUGACUCUCACGGGCCAUGGCAGGUCGGUGCGCAGCCUCUCCUUCUCUCCCUCCUCCUCCUCCCUGCUCUGCUCUGGCAGUGUGUCUGGGGAGGUGCGGCUGUGGUCUGUCCCAGCCUCCACCUGCGUGGGGUGCUACCAGGCUCACCACGGGACCACGGAGGUGCUGUCCUUCCUACUGGGCGGGGCAGUGCUACUGAGCGCUGGGUCAGAUCACAUGGUCCAGCUAUGGUCAGGAGGUCUCGGUCGUGCAGUGAACACAUUUGGAAAAAGGGAUUGUGUUGAGCCGGGCCAGAGCAUGCUGACCUCUGACCCUGCUGCCCUGUGUGUGGCGGUCAGUGGGGAAGACGCGGCAGUGGGUUACCACGGGGACGGACUGAAGCUCUUCAGUCUUAAAUCUGAUGAAAUGACCUGGGCCAGCGAGGGCCUCCAGGUGUCCAUCCUGUGCCUGCUGUGGCUGACCGUGGAGGGUUCUGAGCUGCUGGUGACGGGGGGAGGGGACCAGCAUCUGAGGCUGUGGAGGAAGGAGGAGAGGGGAGAGGAAAGAGAGAUGGUGCUGCUAGGGCAGUUUGGGGCGCAUCUGGGGCCCGUCCUUGCUCUGGCACAAAGCGGCGUGUACCUGGCUUCUGCCUCAGAUGACUUCACCAUCUCACUCUGGUCCCUGGAGCAGCUGACCUCUGGCCCCUGGGCUGACCUCAGUGUUGUCUCUGUCCUGAGAGGUCAUGGGGGAGGGGUCACCUGCCUGGCCUUUAGUCCCACUGGCCAGGAGCUGCUGUCAGGGGGAAAAGAUCAGACUCUGAUAGUGUGGGGUUGCAGUCCUCCUGCUCUGUCUAAGUCCCUUCCUUACUCUCACGGAGACUGGAUCACCGGCUGUGCAUGGACCCCCGACUGUGUGGUGAGCUGCUCCAGGGACGGCAGGGUGCGGGUGUGGGACCUCCAGACGGGCCGCAGCGUGAGGGAGAUGGUGGGGAAGGCCUCCCUCAGCGCCCUCUGCUGCCUGGGAGAGUUUGUGAUGGCGGGCUGUUCAGACGGGGCGCUGCAGCUGUGGAAGUGGGGAUCAGGGAUGGAGAUGAGCAGGAUCAAAGCCCACCACUCCCGCAUACACCACUGCUCUGUGCUCCCCUGCCCAGACAAGACCCAGGAGGUUGUUCCAGAGAAUAUGACUGUUUCCACUGCAUCUGAUGAUGGCAGUGUGAAGCUAUGGAAGCCCUUCCAGGUGCAUCACUACAGCAGCCUGCAGGGCCACAGUGGAGGGAUACGUGGCGUGGUCUGUAGGCAGGGAGGUGUUCCGGAAUUCCUUACUGUCUCUGAAGACAAGUCGCUCAGGUCAUGGAACAUCUCUACAGCAAUGGAGGGUUCUCCUGUCCAGGGGGGCUGCAUCACAGCCGUGUGCUUCACCAGACAGGAUGUUCUGCUGAUGUUGGGCUAUGAGUCUGGGCGUGUGACGAUAUGGCAGCACAACUCCAUGGUUGGCCUCAAACAGGUGUCUGAGGGGGCAAUUACAUCGCUGUGCUCCUUGCCUGAAGGCCAGGUGGCUGUGGGCUGCAGGAUGUGCAACGUCUCCUUAUGGCAGCUGGAGUGGAACCCAGAGCACAGCUCUGUCAGUCUGAGGAAGAUGUCCACAUACACCAUGGAGUCUCCAGUCAUGUACCUGGCCCACUGCUCCAGGCUGCUGGGAAUGUGUGAGGACGGCUCCAUCCACGACGUUGUGGCAGGAGACCCAGAGAACUGGGAAUCUAAAUCGAUCAUGUGGUCGAAUGAAGUGUGCGUUCUCGGGAUGACCCCCAACGAUGGCAAGAGCGUGUGGCUACUGGGGGAGAAGGAAGGGAAGGUUGCCCUGGGCUUUGUAUAUUCCAUCGGCUCAAAGAUGGUGGCCAGCUCCGACAUGGACCUCUGGAUGGAGCAUCCUGAGGGGAAGGGAUGCUUCUUAACAGCGCUAACUAUCAAUGACGACUUGGUGGUUUGUGGAGAUUCAAAAGGAAACAUGUGGUACAGCCUCCCACCCGACAUGAACACCUGGAGCAGCAAGAAACCUGCCCACAGUGACCGUGUCAGUGUGCUGAGAAUGACCAGUACUACCAUCAUCUCUGCCUCCUAUGACAGAACAGUCAAACUAUGGGACAGAAUCACUAAGAAACAGGUGGGGAUGUUUGUGUGUGGGGGUCCUGUGCUGGUUUUGGAGGUGAACCCACACAGUGCCAGUGAACUAGUGUGUGGAGACGAACUGGGAAGGUUCUACCAUCUCUCCUGGACUGGAUAGACACCACACACGCACACACUGCACUUCCAUAUUGUCUCAUGUAUCUCAAAUAAUUCUUCCAGAUUUGUCUAAAUGUUUUUGUUGCGUCUGCACCGCAACACAUUUAUAAUGGUUCAAGCAAAGUUAAAUUUGAUUUUUUUUUUAUUAAAUGCUCCUCAUUAAUGUUCAUACUUGCUCAGCAUGACUGUAAAAAUAAUAAUAAUUGUGAUGCAAUGUUUUCUUAAUGAAUACAAUUAUGGUUUGCAUUCAGCUCAAUUUGUGUAGAACACCUCUGUCCAGAGCUCUGUCUUUCAUUUCAGAAUGUAUUUUAUCGAUGGAAAGUAAAGGGCAAGAAAACAAAAUAACCUAAUGGUUUUUAGCUUUUAUUAUAUUUUUUUUCUUCAAAUUUUGACUUAUUGUCAUAGCACGACUGUACAACGAAAUCCAGUGCCUCUCAGUGGUACAUUCAUACAACAGAUACGUCUACCGAUUUCAAUAAAAUGUACAAUAUUUUAACUCAAUCUCUGUCUCCCUCUACUGCCAAAAUGAUUACCUACUUGGAAAUGUGCCAGGACAUUUACCAUCAUCUUAAUAUCAAAAUAAAGAUUUUAAGAUCAAAGAA